UGGGGAUUUGUGGCGUUCUUCAGUCAUGGCCUGUUUGCCGAGCUCGGAACGGACUACGUGGCCCUGGCUUUAUUGCAAGGUCCUGGUUAAACUCAUCCACUAACAAGGUUCUUUCACUAUGAUCAGUACAGUACAUAAGCUACUGUAAGCGCCGUCGCUCCGUUGAUGCGGCCCUUUAGAAAAAUGCCAUAACGCUCCUCCGUUGUCCACCGUCUCAAGGCGUCAAGAUAGCAGAGAACCGAUAUACCAACUUCAAAAACCUAAUUAUGAGCUUCAGUAGCCUAUAUUUAAACACGUGAUGCCACAAUCCUUUGAUCGAUGCCACGCACCGGUCGUCGUCGACGUCUCAUCCGGCUAUCUCGCUUCACGAGUCCCCAUCUCCAUUCCUAUUCCGAUAGGAUAUAGCCGGAUAUGAACCCCCCGUGGGAAAAUAUUCCAGACGCAAGUUGGUCGCCUCAGUGGCUCUCGAUUCCAUGUGACCGCUGUACCCCCAGAUCAAGAUAGCGUACCUAAAUGGACAGGGACCACCGUGCGAGCGCAAUAUGCAGUUGGCGCCAGUGGACCAGGGGUGUUGGGGUGGCAUCUAAUUCCCUCGGCGUAUAGCGGGUGUCGACUGGCACUGUGCGUGCAGCGCUAGGAUCGGGGACUAUUUUAUAUUUGUUUCAUCCAGAUGCAUCCAACAGCAUAGCUCCAUGGACCGGCAUAUAUGGCCCUCGGCGCUACUCUUCCUUCGCCAGAGGCCUUGAUGAACACGAGCUGCCACUGUCUUUCUGCAAGUCUUUGUAAUGGACCUCUAUAAAGCGCCUCGGGUACCCACUGUAUGGGGCAUCUGUCACCGCAUCCCACGUACCCCGCCAUAGCCAUUGCAGAUCUCUUCGAGGCCUCAUCAUGCUUGCCCUGACCCAAUUCUUGCUGGCGCUUGCCGUUCUAUCAUCCGUCGCAGCCUCUCCUCUGAGCCGGCGCGAUGAUGCCGUGGAGAGUCCCCUUGACGUGACCAUUAUCCCCAUCGGCAACGCCGUCUUCAGCGCCAAAGUUACCAAUACUGGCUCCACGGACCUAAACCUCUAUGCAUACGGCUCCCUCCUCGACCCCUCCCCUGUCGAGAAGCUGAACAUCUACAAUGUUCCCGAUGCAACCAGGGUGAGCUCGGACUACACCCAAGCCAGCCGCAUUCCCUUUACCGGCAUCUUUCGCACUAUUUUGCGAACCAACCUAAGCGCUGAAGCCUUUAUCCCCCUCGCCGCCGGCGCCACCUACGAGACCACCAUUGAUGCCGCCAGCGUCCAUGACUUUGACAGCAAGACCUACGCCUUCGUCGCCGAGGGAGCCAUCCCCUACGGCCCCGUUGGAACGACAGACUUCCCCACCCUCGCCCACCCCUACCGCUCCAAUCUCGUCACCGUCCCCGUCGACGGCCCCGCAGCUCGCAAAUCCAAGCGUGACCUUGGCCUCGAGCCUCGCGCAAAUGUGCAGGCAGACUGCACUGGCACCAACCUGGCAGUCAUGAACACAGCGCUGUCGAACUGUGUAAAGCUUGCUACUUUUGCAUCGAUAGGCGCAGCCGCCGGUAACGACGCCCGCUUCAAUGAGUACUUUAAGACUACCGACGCCACAGUCCGCGCAGCCGUGUCUGCGCGCUUCAAAGCUAUAGCAAAGGAGUGCUCUACCGCGAAUAGCGGGGUCGUGUCGUACUACUGCAUUGACCCGCAGACAUACUGCAAGGACAACGUGGUGGCGUACACUCUGGGUGCCUCAAGCAGAGUCGUCAACUGCCCAGCGUACUACACGGCUUUGCCGCCGCUGACGGACGUCUGCCACAACCAGGACCAGACGACGACGACUAUUCACGAGUUCACGCAUGUGCCUGCCGUGUUCUCCCCUUCUACCAAGGAUAAUGGGUAUGGGUAUGCUGCGGCGACGGCACUAACCUCGGAGCUAGCGCUACUGAAUGCUGAUACAUAUGCGUUAUUUGCGAACGCCGUGGUGUUGAAUUGUUAAAUAGAUGAGUGGAUGGUGGCCACUGAGAUAUAUGAGAGACGCAGCAUGAUGAAUCAAAAAGGUGGAAAGUCUGCCUGCCAAAUAUAAUUGCACAUAGCUUUGCAGUUCUGGAGGUAUAAAAGUUUAUCUAGAAACAAAAUUUACUCCAUUAGAUCAGAUUUUGCCUGAUAGUUUCUGUUCGAGAGUUUAGAUUGGACGUUCUAAUCUAUUUCAGGGACGUUGGUAGUCCUGCAGGUCAAUAAUCUUAAGACACCGAUGAGACAUGAGGCGCAUUAGCCGCUGGAAGUCAAGUGUCAUACGAAUUCCAUCGGAGCCCAAUAUUAACAAUAAUCGCUGAAAUUCUCAGACUGGGGCAACUAUAAAAUAUGGAAAUAAAUAGAUUAAGAAACAAAAUAUAUUCUGGCUCAGUGUUCACCA